GCCGCCGCCGGGACUGGCGCCCGGCACCGCCGCCCGGCACACGGCCCGCGCCCCGCAGCGCUCCGGCCCGGCCGCCGGGGUGCGAGAUGGCCGCUGACGGGAGCCGCGGGGUCCUGGGGCUGUGGCUGCUGGCGGCGGCGGGGCUGUGCGGCGGAGUGGCGGCGGGCAAGUCCCCCAGCUGCCACGAAGUGCGGACGGCGUUUCAGCUGCGGCAGAUCGGGCCCCUCAAGCUGGUCCCCGACGUGCCCACGGCCGAGUCAGAUUUACAGAUCUGUCAACACAGAGCACCAACCUGUUGCACCAAAAAAAUGGAAGAAAGCUACCAGGCAGCUGUUCGAAGGGAGAGGACUCAGAGUAUCCAGGCACUGAACUUUGAACUGAAGUACAUGAUUGUUGGUCAUAUCACAGCUUUUCAAGAGGCCUUUGAGUCUUUGCUUCGCUUUGCUGAAAACCGCACAAGUUCCUUGUUUGAGACAGCUUACAGACCUAUGGCAAAAGAAGCAGCAGAGCCUGUUAAAGAACUUUUUACAGACAUCUCUCUCUACAUUCUGGGCGCAGAGACUACGGUGGAAAGUGCAGUAUUAAGAUUCUUUGACAGUCUCUUUCCCCUGGUGUAUAGUCGGCUAAUAAACCCAGGAAUUACAGAUUUAUCAGAGGACUAUACAGAGUGUCUACGGCUUACAAGGCAAGACAUAAAUCCUUUUGGACACUAUUCUAAAAACAUGGUUACAGAGCUGUCAAAAUCUCUUUGGGCAAGUAGGAUGCUCAGCCAGGCCCUCAGUCUGGGCAUCGAAGUGAUAAAUACUACUGAACACGCAGCUCUCACGAAGGAAUGUAGCAAGGCUCUAGUGAAGAUGCAGUACUGCCCGCACUGCCAGGGCCUGACGCUGAUCAGACCCUGUGUUGGAUACUGUCUAAAUGUAAUGAGGGGCUGCUUGGCCAGUGUGUCAGAACUGGAUGCACAAUGGAGGGAGUAUAUCUCCACACUGGAGUAUCUGACUAAUGAAAUGGCUGCCUCGCAUGAUCUGGAAGUUGCGCUGACAGGAAUCCGGAACUUCAUCAAUGAAGCCAUCCUGCACGCACAGUUGAAUGGACCACAGCUCUCUGCUACAGUUGAUAAAGUGUGUGGACAGCCCAAACGACAAGAAGGGAACCUGUCAUCAGACAAUAUAGUGCCAGUGAAGGAGGCGACUGAAACCCAGAUGUUUGUGAUGGCUCACACUAGUCUGAACAAUAAAAGAAGUUCUCUGCCUCUGAAAGCUUCAAAGAAUGACAAAUCAAGAAGUUUGAAAAAAAUCUCUCGAGAGUUCAUCAAUUACAUGAAGCGAUCCCGAACCUUUUAUGCCUCUAUAGCAGAAAGGCUGUGUGAUGGAGACCUGGUGAUGAGAGACAGCUCAACCUGCUGGAACGGAGAGGAUGUUGUCGAAAGUUACACCAGCAGAGUUGUUUCUAAUGGACUGAAGGCACAAAUUAAUAAUCCAGAACUGAAAGUCAGAGCAUUGGACCCACUCAUCAGUAAUUUAAUUGACAAACUUCAGCACUUUAAUCAAUUGGAUGCUGAUAAGGCAAAACUGAAACUGGAAAGAUGGGCUUCCCGGGAUGUUGGCAGUGGGGGUGGAAGAAGUGAAGAGAUGGAGUCAAGCGGGGAUUGUGAUGAUGAGGAUGGCUGUCAAGGAUCCGGUGACAGGAUUCACACAGCAGAUAUACUCAAGGACAAGAAAACCCAUCCGGAAAACAGAAACGAACCAAAACCGACUGCGAAAAAGAUGGACGCCGCAACCACCACAAGCACUGUCAAGUCAUCCUCUAAACACAGUGUAACUGGAAGUGGGAGCAGUCCCACCCUGAGCUCCUCACUUGUGAUUUUAACAGCACUAGCAGUCCUGUGGCAUUGCCCACUGUAGCUGUGUUGCCUUGCAGCCACUGUGCAAGUGUUUCUGUUCACUGUCAUUUGUACCUACAGCCUUACCCAACAGAAAACAAAUGUAAAUGGCUCUCUAGUUUAUGUGAUAUGUUAGAAUAAAUAUUAAAUGAUAUGCUGGAGUUGGCAGAUACCAAGCGUCAUCACUUACAAUGUCUGAAGACAGCCUUUGACAAAGCCCACCCAAGACAGAGGGAAUGAUGACAAAGGUCUGAGUAGCUUAAGUUAUGGGGUAGGAAUAAUUGAAAACGCAGAAAUUGUGUAUGUGUGUUAUUGUUUUUCCCAAUUUCAUUUGCUGGAAUCUUACUGGCUGGUUUUGUUUAAUUUUUUUGGUAAAUUAUAUGAGUGAUCAGUCUUCAAAUUCAAGCCACUACAUACUUUAUUUUUCUAGUGAACAGCUAACAAGCUAUAUCUACAGUUGUAAACCAUCCUAAAGUGGAGUACAUUCUACCAGCUUGAUGAAAUUCCUAAGUGAUCAAGAUCAAAGCAUGUUUGAAACUUUUCACUCUUUCUGUUUAGAUUGUAGGAAGCAACAUAAAAGCAUAUGGUGUGUCUAAUGUACCAGUAUAGUUGCCUUAACUAUGGAAAAAAUUAGAACCACGUUGUUUACUGAGGGAUACAGAUAGUGAGUUUCCCUGCCCCACAAAACGCCGUUACCAGAUGCUUAAGCAUAUGCUCAAGGCUUAUUGGAUGAAUGUCCAGCAACAAGAAACAUAAAUAAACAUAAUAUUUUAUCCAGCUGAAUGCAGCUCUGUACAGAGAAAAAAAAGAUAACUCAGUUCAAACUUUCUUUGCCUAUGUGAUGUUAUAGAGAAAACCAACCUAAAUUUUCCAUAAAGGUCCCAGAGAAAAAUCGUUGGGGACUCCCAUUAGACACUAACUAGGUUUUGUGCAUUGUGGAUCUCUGAAAUCAACUCUGUUUCAUAAACUGUGUAUUAUUUAAUUACAUGUAAUGUUUAAAAUUUUGUAUCAUGGUAGGUGUAAAUGUAAAACAAUCUGAAAUCUAGAACAUUCUCUGUUACACCUCAUCUUGAUUACUACCCCUAGAAAGUGUCAAACUGUGUGUUAUAUUACAAGGCUUUUUUUUUUUUUAAUCAAUGAUACAUUGAUGCAUUUGAACUUUUUGAAUGAAAAAGUACUACAAUAACGUUUAAUGGGUUAAGAGUUAAUGUGUGCUUUCCAAAAAAUGUUUACAGUGCCAUUGAAUAUAUAUCUACAAAUACAACUGGAUGAAUGCAGUUAUUAAUAUGAUAAAUAUAUAAAACAUUAGAAGUUAUAUUUACUACAUUUCAUACUAUUACAACAGUUUAAUGGCCAUUUUUGUGUUGUAGACUAUUAUUAUGUACAGAUUUAUAAGAUUUAAUGUAAAACACUUGCCUUUUUUUUUUUUUUUUUUUUGUAAAACAUCUCUUCGAUAUUUAGAGUUACACAGCCACUGUCAUAACUCAAAAGAAGAACCCUGUAUAUUACUAAUCAACUUCAGGCAUUUUAUUGGCAACUUUCGUUAUAAAAGCCUGACACGAAGAAGGUGCCAUGUGCCAGUAUUAUUGUGGCAAUGACACAGAACAAGCAUAUAAGAAGUAUGUACAAAACUUGUACGUUUUUAGAUAGAAUUAGUGAACAUGUCUAAUUAUGUUUGCAAAGGUGGGGCUUGAGUUUUGUUUUUAAUUUGGGCUUUUAGAUCAUAUUUACAGACAUAAAGGUGUAAUCAGAACCAUCGACACACCCAGCUGCAAAGGCAGUGUCUCUAGAGUGUCAGCCACUAUGUUUUCUAGAAGAGAAUUCAAUUGUAAUGUUGAAACAAGGAGAUAAAAUGGAAAAUUACUAACAUGAAAUAUUUUAUAUUUGAGUUAUGAUUUUUCAAAAUGGUAAGGAGAGUAAUAUCCCUAAAUAGUGCUUUCCAGCCAUAACAGUGAAAAUCAGUGUUCCCAAAAGUUCUAUAAUAGCUGUCCUGUUUUCCAGGGUUUGUGACUGCACCGCCAGUCCUCUGAACCGUAAUUAAAAAUUCCACUUCUUGUAUUUAUUUUCAGUGCCCUUUGGAAGAGUGCACUUUUACCAGCGGAGGUGUGCAAGUCAUGUCAUUUACACAGGGAAAGGACACCGUAAUUCCUUGCAGUCUUAAAGGAUCAGUUGCGAUGGCUGCUGUCAGACAGGCUGGGCUCUGUGCACACACAGAACUGUACAUCAGGUGCUAACACCACCAGCUCCUCAGGUAAUACCAAUCACUGUGGCUUCACUAAAGCAAUUUAUCUCUGUUGCCUGUGAGCCUGACCCCUAAUUUAGUUUUCUCACACUUAAGAUGCUCAGUCAUCAUUCAGGCAAAUGCAUCCACAUUUGCACGCGUCAGUCUCCGUCAGGAUUCCUAUGGAUAGAGCUAGGGUUUCAGGGCUGGGCUCUGACGCUACCAGAUUUCAGCUUUGCAGUUUGGAGGUUUCAGUUCUUCUCACCUGCAGAAAAGGAACUUGAAUUCCUAGACUUAACAUGUCUUUUUGAGGUCUUUUCUGUAAAAGGUUUUGUGCUUUUAGCUCAGAGCAGGGAUCCAGCUUAGCCUAGUAUUCAGCUGUAGCAGAGGAAGCUGCAGAAGCCCUGCAGGAAUAACUCACCCUGGGGAUUAUUUGUUGUUGCUAAAUGUCAUAACCUUGCCAAACAAAAACCUCUGAAAAAUCAAGUGUUUGAAUUUUAGGUUUGGUCAGCAAAUAUUUAUAUGACGUAGGACUCUGAAGCUAAACAAGACAACCCUUUUAAAGUUUCCGUAACAAAACCAGAACAAGUUCAAACUCUGGGGUGAGAUAGAAUCAACUCAUUUCAUUGGAUUCAAUCAAUAGGCACAAAUUGUUACGGAAUGAGGGAAGAGACUUCAGAGGACUCCACACCUAUUAAUACAUUUCACACUAAUAUACUUUCACACUGUAAGAAGAGUACUGGUCAAACCAGCAUGAAAUAUGUUCAUAAUGUGCAUCAAAAAUGGAGCAGCUUUAAAGGGCAAUGCAGUACAUUUUUACUGAUGGUUUAUGAUUUCAUUUUUCUCAGGAUCAGUUGCAUUUACAUAGUAAAAAAAGUGUUUUCCAUCAAACAACAAAUCUAUACCAGCAAAGGCAAAAACAACUGGCUGUGUCAGGUAAAGAAAGUAUUUCUUUUAAGAUGAGUAAGAUACCUAUUUUACAAAAUCUUCUUUUGUUAUCCAGGACACUGUAAUUGCGAUGUAAUUACAAAGGUCUAAAUUCAAAAUACUUUUGAACUUGUCUAUGUAAUCUCAGUGUAAAAUAAGGUACCAGUCAAAGAGCAUUGCUGUAGCUUUGCCUAACAGUUAUGAAUUGUAUUUAGCCACUGCUUUUUGAAUGUUUAUUGUUUUGCUAUGACUUCUUUUAAUAUUUUGCUGUGCCAGCAUUUGUGAAUGCAGCGUUGGAAAGUAACUGCUGUCAUACAUUUGUGAGUAAAAUCAGUCUAUAGUUUUCUCUUGAUAGUGAUUCAGCCUUCUUACCAAAUAAGACAAAAUUGGUGUGGGCAUCCAGUCAGUUCUUGGUGUUUCACUGCUCUUUGGGCUCCAUGUUCCACCAGGUUCACGUAAGAGGUUCAAGACGUUCAUGUGUCACUUAGUCCCCUUUCUAGCUAUGAAAGUGUAAGGGAGAAAAGUGAACACAGGUGGACAAAAGCAUGUGUGGCUGCAACGUGCCAGUGCUUGGCAACUGUCUUUUCUGACGCCCUGAGCCGAGUGUUCGCAGUAAAUUUUCAAGCUGCUUUUCUACCUCUCCAGAUCAACACGUGGAGACUGGCCAGGCAAAGAGCAGCAGAGAAUCUAGAAACUGCAUUUUCAGGCAACUUCACAGACACCUGCUAUGAAUUGCACGGUUUUUGCAAUUUAGAUGCUUUACAGAAUCCGGCCUCUCUUUUUCAACCUUGCACUUUUUUGCUGGCUUGCAUAUUGCUGGUGUUAUGCCCUGUGUUCUAGUGCACCGGGUACUUUGUCAUUAUGUAAAGAAUUGUGAUUCUGCUCUUUCACUCAGUAAUGAACCUUUUGAGGUACAAAUAUCUGUCUGAGCUUAAUAAGGACAACACAGAUAACAUAAGGGCAAUACAAAUAAUACUGUCCAGCUGCACUGACUUCAGGGACUCUGCGCAGGGGUAUCUGGCUAUGAAAUUCACAUCUCUUUGAUCUCUUAAAAGAGAUUUGUAUUUAAUAUAUCCCUAUUUCCUUUUGUUACCAAGACUGCAACAUGUAUUAUAAUUUUAAAUUUUACUCUCUAAUCCUGUAUAGGUCUUCUCAAUAUUGUCCUAAUGGAUGUUGCGUGCAGACUUCAUUUUAAUGUUAGAUGAGCCUUUUUGCCCAGAUUUACUGAACCAUUCUUAUUCUGUAUUGCACAUGAUUAGGUUUAAGCAAGAUCUCUUCAAGUGAAAGGAGCUGAAACACACAUUAAAGUGAGAUACUGAGUAGGACAAAAUCCAGAAAGUUCCUGUGUUCCUGAAUUGGACUGUUCACAUUAAACAGAAAGUAAGGUUUAGCUUUGGUUACAGUCAAAAUUUCAUAACUGGCAUGGUGUUAAGGGGAUUUCAGCCUUGUACUGAAAACUGGUAAGUCUACCCAUUUUUUAAGUGGGAAUUAAUCGAUACACCUGCUUUCCCCAUGCCUCUGUGCAUGGGUAAAUUUAGGUCUGUAGAAACAAGACAUUCCUUAAAACAUACCCUGCACAACGAGCAUCACAAUUGCUUAAUGUUACAACUAGCCAAAAGCACGAGAAAUUUAUUUUCAUUUGUAGCAUUUCACAACUCACAGUGCUUCUAUUACAAGAAGCAAGACAUAUGGCAUGUGUGUUAAUGAAAAGUGAAACAUCUUACAGUCAAUGUCAUUAUAGCUGUGACAUGCAUUAGUCAAAAAGAACAUACUUUUUUCUUCCCAUUGCCUCAGAAGUCCAGAAUUACUCCCAAUACUGACUUAUCUUCUGGUUUCCACUGUCAUUCUCUCAAUAAUUACAUUUGAAUUAUUAAGCCAUAAAAAAAGAAAUACUGUCCAAGAGAUUGUAAUAAAUAGAGAGAAGAUAAACUCAAAAAAGUAUCCUGCAUUUAAAAUAGAGAAUACUCCUAGGUAAGAAAACCCUCCUAGACUAGAACAAUUUUUCAAGUUGCUCUCCAGAUUCAUCACCAUCCCCCCUUCCACCUCCAAACAGCACAAUAUGAAGCCUGCGUGCAGGAGGCUGGUGCACUGAAUUCAGGAAAAUAAAUUAAAACUACUGCUGUAUGGUGAUAUUUCCAUGUAUAUUGCUUGAAGUGGACCUCCUUUUGCUGGUUAUGAGGAAUGUAUUCCAAGUGCAUGUGCAAUUGCUUAAGUUCUUAUUCAGUAAAUAACCACAGCUGCUGCAGCUUUCAGAAAAGGCUGCUAGACACAGACCAUGAAGCAGUAUUUUUGUGUUGCUCCCGUGUCAUUGAGAUCAAACUGAGUCCUUAGAAUAGACAAGUUUGGACGUUCCCGUUAUUAUCAACACUACAAUGAUUUCCCUCCGUGAAAAUCAUGUAAUACCCUUUCAAGGGAAGGGCACAAUGAAAGAGAGGCCACUGAUGCAUUCAUGAGGUACAUAAAGUACUUCAUUAAAUAGCCAGUAACAACCACAUUUUUGUUUGGGUGGGUUUUUUUUUUUCAUUUCUGUGCAGAAAGUAUUAAUACUACCUUGCAAAAUUAUGCAGUUUGCACUUAAUCAUUUCAAUUAAUCUUCAGUAAAUUGCCCAGUACUUUGUAAUUAUAAUAUUUGCAGAUAAUUUAGUGCCAUCCUAAAAAUCAUUCGUUGCAUAAUAUAAGCGAUUAACAUUUAUUUGAUUUUUUUUUUUGUUGCAGGGGGAUAUAUAAAUUAUCCUCAGUGGCCUUUCUGUACACCUAAUUAUCACCUGUUUGAAUUAUUCUACAGGCUAUGGACAUUUCAUUUGAAAAAUAAAUGUGUUGCUAGUUUUGUGAACUCCUUGCAAAUAUAUAUUUGUAAAAAUUACUUUUCAGGGGAAUACAGAAACAUGUUUUCAUAUGUCUUCUAUGUUUAUGAGCUAGGCUAGGCUUUUACGCUAUUACACGUAGAAUAGGUACUGACAUUUUUAAUGCAGUUAAAAUGGAAAUAGUCAGAUAGCUCCUUCCUAUAAUUAAGUACAGUAUCGCAGAUUUGUAGCCUGGUUUAUUCAGUAAUGAAAAAGGAAAGCAGUAAGACAUCAAGAAUAUAGAUCCUAAUGUAACUGUCACAUUUGUAUAUAUGCAUAAAGAAUUAAGAAGUGUCGCUAAUCAGAGACUAUCGAAAGCAUUGCUCUAUGCUGCAGUGUCAAGGACACUGUGUUAAAGUUGUGGAAAUUCAACCAGAUUACUUCAGUCUCAUUGUAAUUUUCUAUUUAAAUGCACAGUAUAUUGAGGAAGAUAAUUUGAUCUUUUUGAAAAGAUCCGGAAAAAAACCUUUCUAACAAGAAUGCAAAUAUCAAAUAUUUACAACCUCCACACAUACAAAAUUGGGAAAUCAAAAAAUUACUUGAGACUUUUCUGUGGGUAUGAAAUGUUGCAGCAGACCCUCAGCUCCUAUAAAUCAGUAUAGCUCCUUUGAUUUCAGUUUAACUAUGUAAAUUUACCCCAGCAUAGUAUCUAGCCUGAGAACGUGAAUUGCUUCCCAUCUUUUUGCAGGUGCAGAAAAUCAAGAGUAACUGCAGUGAUUACAAAAUUUGCAUAACAGUUUUACGUUGCCUGGGCCACUGAUCAGAUAGUAUCUUCAUGCCUGAAAAGAAAAUCUGUAAUACAUGGGAUGCCGUAAGUCUUAGUCUUCUGGCAUUUUCCCUUUUCCAGGGGCAUGGCAGGGGCCUUUUCCAGAAGCAGCUUGUAUGAUUUGGGGCUACAAGGAGAUACUAAUACUGCGAGUAUCUCCUAGGGUAGAAAAUCUUCCCCAGAGAAGGUUUACUGAUACAGAUCAGGCCUUGAGGCAGACCAGGUUUGAUUUUUCUGUUUCAUGUUAAAACAUAGGAUCUAGGUCUUAAACUGGCCUCAGAAAGUGAGACUUAGUGGGGAGAACUGAUCGUGGCUUUGAUGUUUUUGGAGAAGCUUAAGCAGCAGAGAAGGCAAGCAGCAAUAUUCUGCUUCAGCUGAAGCUUGUACAUCUUGCAUUCAGUUUCAGAUAAAAUUACCUGUGAGUUUCCAUAUUAGCAGUGACAAAUUUGUGAGUUACUGUAGCCUGAUGUUCUUCUAUGGAGAAGAAAUGAAAUUUCCUCCUAAGCAGAAACAAAAGGCAGCUAUUUUAUAUUAUGCUAAAUAUCCAACUUGGAAGGAAACCAAAAAAGGAUGUUAGGCCUCAUGAAGGCAUAGAUUGCCUUGGGUGGGGAUGUUCUUGGUGCGUGUAGUGAUAAUGGUGAGUCUGUCUGCUUGUCAUGAAAGAGGAUGUCCACCCUUAUGCUCUUUUUGGGGCCCUGAGAAAAGCUACAAUUUAUGGCUCAAAGGUGACAAAUCGUUUAUAGGUGAAAGUUGUAGACAAGUCCACAAAGCAGUGAAGCACGCAGUAAGACAUUUGAUAGUGGUCUCGUUGAAAAAUGAGAAAAUUAGUUUAACUGACGUACUUGAGCUUUUGCAUUAGGGAUGGACAACUGAGUUGAAACCUACUCCCAAAAGACUGCAGUGCACAUGGGAGCGGGCCAAUGUAGCAGUAAUACUAUAUGAAAUGUUUAUUGUAUCCCACUUAUUAUAUGAGGCAAUAUUAGAAGAAAAAUGGAAGCCAGUACACUAAACCUUGCAUAAUACAACCACUUACUGUACUUUGGUAUCAGGACUAACACAGUAUGAAUGUUUACAGUACACUGGGUUAGAAAUUCUAGUAGAAUAUGUGCUUUGUCAUUUAGCUUUUUAAAUAAUUAGUUUAUGGCCUCCUAGUCUUUUUUAGUUCAUUUUAUUUUACAGGAAUUAAUAGGCCGCUUACAUUUGUAUUUUACGUUAGUUGCAUCAUGGGUAUUUUAAGUUUCAAAUUAGAUUGGUUUUGCCCUAAGCUGUAUUCAAACUCAAAUAAUUAUUUCUGUUUCUCAAAUACAUGUUUUAUUUGCAGUAUAUCUGCUUAUAUUUUUAUUGAAUAAAUUUGUCAAUUUUCUUCAGUUUGUUUUCAGCAUUGACCAUGAUAAAGGCAAUUUAAAAAAGCAGUCUGAAAACAAUGUCUUAAAAGAAGAACAAGGAUACUUUGAAAAGUCAAACAGUGUUUUGUAAAGGACAGUGAACUAUGAAUGGGAAUAAAAAUAAAUAAUCCACAGCAGGAAAAUGUUGUCGUGUAUUAGAAUUUUUGUUAUUUUUUUCUGAAUACUUUUCGUCAUCUUUGUUGUAAGUUACAAAGCUGAUAAAAUCUUAAAUAAAAAUAUUUUCAUUUGUUCA